GCUCCGCCGCCCGGGGCCCGCUCUCCCCGACGGCGCCGCGCUGCGAGGCAGAGGUUCCUGUUUGCCAGGAGACCAGAAGCUGCAAAAGAAAACCAAGAACGUCUGGCAUUUGUCAGGUUUCUUUGGAGCCUUUAGUGACACAGCUGAGUUUUUGGAGAAAUUUCCCUUACUGCCUCGAUUACGAAACAUUAUUGAGCUUUCACUCUGAUGCCAAAGAUAACACCGCAGUCGGGCUGGAAACCCUAAAUAGACCGUUCUCCCUGGCCUCACUCAAUUGAUUGAAAUGCUCAUAUGGAGAGCCCCUGCAGGCUGCCCACAUUUUCCCAAAAUGGCUUGUUUUCCUGAAACGACUCCCAGGAGAAGCCAGGAGUUCCUCACUAAGCAGACUGCCCGGGUAGAGAGCAUUUCUAUUUCAAAUGCUGAGUUUGCAAAGGACUCAGACUGGAUACUUGUCCAUAGGCUUCUGGUCACGCUGUGAUGUGGGACUACUUAUCCUGGUGUCCUGUUCAGAAGGAUUCUGAGGUCAAACGCUUUUCAGACAGACUCACUAUGAUGCGGGAUUCCAGGGCAAUGCGGUUUUGAAGAAACAAACAUACAGCUCCCGGCCACAUGGCCCACAUGUUCGUCUACGGGACCCUGAAGACGGGCCAGCCCAACCACCAGGUCCUGCUGGACGGCACCCAUGGGCGCGCGGCCUUCCAGGGCCGGGGCUACACAGUCGAGCUGUACCCGCUGGUGAUCGCGGGGGAGCACAACAUCCCGAGGCUGUUGAACCUGCCAGGCCAGGGGCGCCGUGUAGCCGGGGAGGUCUACGCCGUGGAUGAGCAGAUGCUGCGCUUCCUAGACGAGUUCGAAGGCUGCCCAGACAUGUACCAGCGCACCCGGGUGAUGGUCGCUGUUGAGGGGGCAGGGGAGACCCUGUGGUGCUUCGUGUACAGCACGGCCACCUUCCCGCCUGAGUGGGUCCAUCUCCCGUACCACGACGAUUAUGACUCGCAGGGGGAGCACGGGCUUCGCUAUAAUCCGCGAGAAAACAGAUGAGAAGUGCAAGGGGCGCGGCUGCCAGAGGGCUGAGAACCCAAUGGUUAGAAGAUGACCUCGUCGGGUCCACCCUCACGAAAUGCAAAAGCCCAGUAAUGCCCUUUGAAACAAACAUUUGUAAAACGCUUCUGUUGGGGGGAAAAAUCUUUUUCAGUGGCAGCUGAUUUCCCAAAUAAUUUUGACACACUGAUAACGAGAUUGUUUCCUGAAAUCUGUCUCACUGAUAAUGCUUUAUUGCUUGCUGCUUAAAGAGCAUCGUGGGCUUCAAUGUACUGGAUGAGAAAAACUCAGGAUUUUAAUUCCCCUAAAUGACAUUUUGAAAACUUAUGUUAUCAUGCUUUUCUUAUUAUGUUGGUUUUUUUUUUCUUUGCUUUAAUCUGUAGAUAACAUUUAAAAAGAAUUUAAAGACUUUGUGUGGCAGCUAGAUUUUGACAGCCCUGCUGUAUUGAUUCUGACCUGCAGCACUUGAGAGAAAUUUUUUUAAAGCUGAUUUUAGACAUCUCAGUGUAAUAAAAGAAAAGAACCUCAAGAAAAACAUGCUGUAUUUUAGAGUACCUUUGAAUAUAUAUAACAUCAUUCUUCAUAAUUUUCAGAUCAAGCUUAUAGAGAGAUUAUUAAACUAGAUAGUCUGGAAAAUCAAAUAUAAAAGUAUUGGUGCUAUUGUUGGCCCUCUUUUUGAGUCUACUUAUUUGGUAGAAGGUUCUUUUCCUUCUAAUCUAGCAAAAUAACAAGCGCCCACUUGCUGGCAGAGCAGCUGAACACCCCGAUUUCAGACGGAAGCUCCUGGGAGCCCAGUGGCAAAGCACAGUCCCUACCCCCAGAGGGAGCGGCGUUUGGGGGCGGGCCAUUCAGAGAAGAACCAACACGUUAGCAAUUUGUUCUUCAGGCCUGACAGAAAGCUUAGCUUCCAAAUACAAACAGCACUUCUUAAAGUAAUUUUAGCAAGGCGUGAUGUACCCGUUACCGCCCGCCUCCACCCGAUGAUCUGUCAGGGUAGAUUCAGAUCAGCACACGACUCUGCCUCUGCUUGCCUACCAGCAAAGUAUGAAAUGUAUUCUAAGAGUUUCAGAACCAGAUGAAAAUACAGCUGCUGGUCCUGAGUAACCUCACUUUCUGUCGGGAGAGCUCACUUACUCUUCAACUUACUGGUAGACUGUGAUCGCUCACUGUAUCGGUCACGAAAGGAUGACCGUUAUUUUUAGCCCUUUUUUCUUAAUUGGAAAUUUGCUUCACAAGAACACAGGCGAGGAUGGGUAUCAGCUGACGAGCUGUGGCAGCCCCCCCCACCCCACCCCCCCACCGCUGGGGUGAGGGAGCCCCGCGGGGUGCCCUGGCACGGGAAAGGGGGUCGCCCCCGGGGACUCAGGGUCCACCCUCACCAUUACAUCCACACAGGAGGGAUCUCCAGGACCAUCACUUGUGCCGUCUGGACUUCACGGGGGUAUGAACGACCACAAGCAGCCGUUAGGGCCUCAAGCCGGAUGAAGCAGCUUAAUCAGUUAAUAAGGUGGCAAAUGC